ACAGGUUGUAGUUCUUGUAGUUCAUGUAGUUGUAGCUCGAACUCUGACCUGCAGGAGGAGCUGUCUGUUGUCAGGACUCCGCAGAGACAGCAGACAGGACGUGUCUUCAUCCGCCUGAGAGACACAGUAAUAUCAUUCAAUCAGCUCUGAUAACACGUCCUUUCAGACCACGUAUCCCAGACUGCACUGCAUGCAGGUCACAUGUCUCGAUCCACUCAUGGUUUUGUUGUUAUUAUAUUCAUUUGUGGAUUUCUUUGAUAUUUCUGUAGAGUUUCGAUGGAUGUUUCCUGGGUAGCUGACAGUAAAUAAAGACGGGGGAACAUCUGGACCCCCCCCGGAUGUUCUGUUGGUACUCCGGAGUUUCCAGCUCUGUGUGAUGUGUGAAACAUAUUAAAACUGACCGUGUCCUCGGAGCAGAGUUUGUCCAGGAGCUUUGUGGGGGGGUACUGGCGCCCUUUGGUGGACAGCAAAAAGAACUACAGGCUGUCUGUGGGAGGACCGCCUCUUCAUCAGCUUCUCUCCCGGAGCAGCGACACUCUGACCCGGCCUGAGGAGCUGCGAACACCCCGAGAAACUGCACCUUCACCUGUUCCCCUUCACCUGGCAGGAUGUCUCUGAGCUCUGCGGACCUGCUGGACCUCCUGGAUCAGUGGGAGGAGCUGAAGGAUCUGAACCUGAGCAUCCACAACCUGACCUGGGUCGAUGCCACGGUGUGUUCGGGCGCCGUGGGACACGCCGGCCUCCUGCGCGUCCUCUGCGUGCUCUACGUCUUCAUCUUCCUCGUCGGGACCACCUCCAAUGCCCUGGUGGUCUGGGUGACCCUGCGGUCGGACAGGAAGUGCGCGGACCUGUUCGUGCUGCAGCUGGCGGCGGCGGACCUGGUUGCGGUGGCGACGCUGCCGGUGUCGGUCAGCUCGCUGCUGCGGGCCGGACGCUGGCCAUUCGGAGAGGCGCUGUGCAAACUCACGCACCUGGUGUUCAGCGUCAACCUGUUCAGCAGCAUCCUAUUCCUGGCCUGCAUGAGCCUGGACUGGUACUUGUCUGCUACGCGGCCCCCCGGGGGGCACAGCAGGGAGCCACUGCGGAGACUCGUCUGCGCCGCGGUCUGGCUGCUGGCGCUGGCGGCCGCAGUGCCAGAGACCUACUUCCUGCAGGCGGUGGCGUCGGUGCAUCACGACGGCGCUGUGUGUCGCCCGGUCUUCCCUUCCCGGGAGAUGAUGGUGGGGGUCCAGCUGAGCUUCACGGUCCUCGGCUUCCUGAUCCCGUUCCCCGUCAUCGCCGCUUCCUACCUGGCGCUGGCGGCGGCGCUGCCCCCCGGCUCGGACCCGGCCCGCGGGGUCAGCCGGCGCGUGGUGCUGAGCUACACGGUGGUGUUCGUGGUGUGCUGGCUGCCGCUGCACGUGGUCCUGCUGCUGGACCUGGCGGCGCCGGUGCUGCCCUUCAGCUGCAGGUUGGAGGACUUCCUGUGGGUGGCGCUGCAGGUGAGCCAGUGCCUUUCCAUGCUGCACUGCUGCCUGAACCCCGUCCUGUACGGCCUGCACAGGACCUACCGCUACCACCUCAUGAAGGCCUUCAUCUUCAGGUACUCCACCCGCUCCGGGGUCGCCCGCCUCAUCGAGACCGAGAGCGCCUCGGAGACCGACGUCUCUGCAGCGGAUCGGGACCAGAUCUGAAGAUCAGGAACUGUCCUGGAAACACAGAGUCCCUGAACCCCCAUCAGACUGGAGAUAUUCCUCCGGACUCCAGAAAACAUUCCUGCAGUGACAGACCUAAAAACCUGCCGGACUCCAUCCGGUCUCUGAAGAACCUCCAGACCUGCAGAGGAUCUUCCUCUGACUCCAUCCGGUCUGUGAAGAACCUCCAGACCUGCAGAGGAUCUUCCUCUGACUCCAUCCGGUCUGUGAAGAACCUCCAGACCUGCAGAGGAUCUUCCUCUGACUCCAUCCGGUCUGUGAAGAACCUCCAGACCUGCAGAGGAUCUUCCUCUGACUCCAUCCGGUCUGUGAAGAACCUCCAGACCUGCAGAGGAUCUUCCUCUGACUCCAUCCGGUCUCUGAAGAACCUCCAGACCUGCAGAGGAUCUUCCUCUGACUCCAUCCGGUCUCUGAAGAACCUCCAGACCUGCAGAAGAUCUUCCUCUGACUCCAUCCGGUCUGUGAAGAACCUCUAGACCUGCAGAGGAUCUUCCUCUGACUCCAUCCGGUCUGUGAAGAACCUCCAGACCUGCAGAGGAUCUUCCUCUGACUCCAUCCGGUCUGUGAAGUACCUCCAGACCUGCAGAGGAUCUUCCUCUGACUCCAUCCGGUCUGUGAAGAACCUCCAGACCUGCAGAGGAUCUUCCUCUGACUCCAUCCGGUCUCUGAAGAACCUCCAGACCUGCAGAGGAUCUUCCUCUGACUCCAUCCGGUCUCUGAAGAACCUCCAGA